GCGCUGCCGGUCUUCAUGUUCGCGGGAGGCGCCGUGGGGAACCUGGUGGCCAUCGUCGUGCUGUCGGUGUCCCGGCAGGACCGGAAGUCCUCCGCCUUCUACGCGCUGGUCUGCGGCCUGGCGGUCACCGACCUGCUGGGCACGUGCCUGGCCAGCCCGCUGACCAUCGCCAACUUCCUGGACGCGCGCGUGCUGCAGCAGCCGCGGCUGUGUGAGUUCCACUCCUUCCUGCUGCUGUUCUUCGGGCUCACGGGGCUGAGCAUCAUCUGCGCCAUGGCGGCGGAGCGCUACCUGGCCAUCUGCUGCCCGUACGCGCACGAGCGCUGGCGCGUGAACCGGCGCUUCGCGCAGAAGUUCCUGCUGAGCGUCUACCUCAGCCACACGCUGUUCUGCGGCCUGCCGGCCAUGGGCAUGUCCCGCAGCGCGCUGCAGCGCUCCGGCACGUGGUGCUUCAUCGACCGGGGCCGGCGCGCGCCGGUGGCCGCGGCGUACUCCGCGCUGUACGGCGCCGGCAGCCUGCUCCUCAUCCUGGGCACCAUCGUGCUGAACCUGGCGGUGUGCGGCGCGCUGCUGCUCAUGCGCAGGCGCACGGCGCGGCGGCCGCCCGGCAGGGCCAGCGUGCGGCAGCGCUGGAGGGCUCUGUCCUCGGCCGCGGAGACGCAGAUGAUCGCGGUGCUGGUCACGACCUCCGUGGUGGUUCUGGCCUGUUCGGCGCCGCUGGUGGUCUGUUUGUUCACCAGCCUCAUGGGGGACCAAGACCCGGAUGCAGACCUGGCAGCGAUCCGGAUCGCCUCCGUGAACCCGAUCCUGGACCCCUGGAUCUACAUCCUGCUGCGGAGGUCCUUGUUCCGCCGGCUGCUGCGUUUAAGACGAGGGAGAAGAAGUCCACCGAGGAGCCACGUGUUCCCUCACCUGGUGAGCACCGCCAACAUCAGCUGCCCGCCGCGGAGCAGGGCCUCAAGACCUCAAGACCUGAGGACCGAGACCUAAAGACCAGGAGGACCUCGAGGACCGAGACCUAAAGACCAGGAGGACCUCGAGGACCGAGACCUAAAGACCAGGAGGACCUGUAGGAACGAGACCUAAAGACCUGGAGGACCUCGAGGACCGAGACCUAAAGACCAGGAGGACCUGGAGGAACGAGACCUAAAGACCAGGAGGACCUCGAGGACCGAGACCUAAAGACCAGGAGGACCUGGAGGACCGAGACCUAAAGACCAGGAGGACCUCGAGGACCGAGACCUAAAGACCAGGAGGACCUCGAGGACCGAGACCUAAAGACCAGGAGGACCUGUAGGAACGAGACCUAAAGACCUGGAGGACCUCGAGGACCGAGACCUAAAGACCAGGAGGACCUGGAGGAACGAGACCUAAAGACCAGGAAGACCUCGACCGAGACCUAAAGACCUGGAGGACCUGGAGGAACGAGACCUAAAGACCAGGAGGACCUGGAGGAACGAGACCUAAAGACCAGGAGGACCUU